AUGGGCCCAACGACAUCCUGGCUCCACGACGCCGGCAUCACCCCGCGCGCAUCCACCAUCCCCCAGCCCCACCACUCCGAACCCCGCUGCCAGGCCCGCGCCAGUGCCGCCGGAGCUUCCACCGGGCGUGCGCGACAGAUCGAACGGGUUCAGCGUCUGGCCGCCGAGGGAGGAUGCGGAGAUGCCUUCGAGCGCGAGUUCGUGGAGGUUGGUCUUGGCGAGGAGGAUUGCGCCGGCAUGGCGGAGGUGAGUGAGCAUGGGGGCGUCGUGGAGCGGACGGAGCGCGGAGAGGGCCAGGGAGCCGCCGGUGGUGGGCAUGUCAAAGGUGUCGAUGUUGUCUUUGACGAGGACGGGGAUGCAGAACAGGGGCGGGAGGCCGACGGUGGUGGCAUUUUGCGAGCCGGUGGGGAUCGUGAGGUUGUGGGAUUCAUCAGCGAGUUUCUGGCGGAGAAUUUCGUCCAGGGCGUCGGCGGUGGUGAGGGCGGCGGGGUUCAGGGUGAUGAUGGCGUUGAUGGGCGGGUUGUAGGCUUCAGUCUGGGCGAUGAAGAGGGAGGUGAUGGCGCGACAUGUUGCUUGUCUGGAUAA